GCCGGCCGGGCGGCGCGAGCGGGGCCGGAGCCGGGAAGUUGGGUGAAGGGCGCUGCUCCCGCCGAGGAGGAGGAGGAGGAGGAGGAGAAGGAGGAGGCGGCGGCGGCGGCGGCGGAGGCGGUGGCGGCUGGGCGCGGGCUGCGCCGCUCAGGUGUCUACUCCGCCUUCUUGGUCUGGAUUUGGUUUUGUGUGUCUAGCAAGAAGGGGUCUGCCUACACCUCGCCCGAUUGCCGGCCGGAGCGCGGAGCGGACUUUUACCGGAGGCGGAGUCUGUCAGUCCCGGAGCUGGACAGACGGACCGACGCCGGGGAAAGAGGGCGGAGGCCUCUGCGGAGGCGGGUCCCGAACUCCGGCAGCAGAGCUGCGCAGCUUUGGGGGCGAGCAUGAGUCCCCGGGGACAGAAAGGGGGCUGCAGGGGCUGACCCGGCGCGGGGAGCGGCCUGGCCCAGCCAUCUUGACUGCGCACCGCGGCCCGAAAGGAAACUUGCUGUGCCGCCGCCCUCUGUGUCCGGCAAAGUCACCUCACCGUCGCCGGCGCCUCGUGGAGAAGUGGCCGGGCGCGCGGGAGAGAAAGCGAGCGAAAGAGGGACGAUGAGCCGGAGACCAGCCGCUGUGCUGCGAGAGGGCUGAGUUCGACCGGGAGUCAGCAGGGCAGACUCUCGGGGACUGUGGUGCACGCCUGCAGAACCCUCACCGCCGGUGCCCAGGCUUCGGACCCCGCUGUGCGGACGCGUCCCGAGAAGGGACUAGGUUAUCUGCAGACAAGCUUUCCAGGAGAGAGACCAACAGGACACCCGCUUUACCCUUCUCCGGCUCCCUCGCCGAAUCUCCCGGCGCCCCUCCGCGCGCCGCCUGGAGGGCGAGGGCGCGGGGCCGCGGCGCGCAGCAUGGAGUGGGGUUACCUGUUGGAAGUGACCUCGUUGCUGGCCGCCUUGGCGCUGUUGCAGCGCUCGAGCGGCGCGGCGGCUGCCUCCGCCAAGGAGCUGGCGUGCCAAGAGAUUACCGUGCCGCUUUGCAAAGGCAUCGGCUACAACUACACGUACAUGCCCAACCAGUUCAACCACGACACGCAGGAUGAGGCGGGCCUGGAGGUGCACCAGUUCUGGCCCCUGGUAGAGAUCCAGUGCUCGCCGGACCUCAAGUUCUUCCUGUGCAGCAUGUACACGCCCAUCUGCCUGGAGGACUACAAGAAGCCCCUGCCUCCUUGCCGCUCGGUAUGCGAGCGCGCCAAGGCCGGCUGCGCACCCCUCAUGCGCCAGUACGGCUUCGCGUGGCCCGACCGCAUGCGCUGCGACCGGCUGCCGGAGCAGGGCAACCCCGACACGCUGUGCAUGGACUACAACCGCACCGACCUCACCACAGCCGCACCCAGUCCGCCGCGCCGCCUGCCGCCGCCGCCUCCGGGUGAGCAGCCGCCCUCUGGCAGCGGCCACGGCCGCCCACCGGGGGCCAGGCCCCCGUCCCGCGGUAGGGGCGGUGGCGGCGGGGACGCAGCGGCGCCCCCCACGCGCGGCGGCGGUGGCGGGAAGGCGCGGCCCCCUGGCGGCGGCUCAGCGCCCUGCGAGCCGGGCUGCCAGUGCCGCGCGCCCAUGGUGAGCGUGUCCAGCGAGCGUCAUCCGCUUUACAACCGCGUCAAGACCGGCCAGAUCGCCAACUGCGCGCUGCCCUGCCACAACCCCUUCUUCAGCCAGGACGAACGCGCCUUCACCGUUUUCUGGAUCGGCCUGUGGUCUGUGCUGUGCUUCGUGUCCACCUUCGCCACCGUCUCCACCUUCCUCAUCGACAUGGAGCGCUUCAAGUAUCCCGAGCGGCCCAUUAUCUUUCUUUCGGCCUGCUACCUCUUCGUGUCCGUCGGCUACCUGGUACGACUGGUGGCUGGCCACGAGAAGGUGGCGUGCAGCGGCGGCGCGCCGGGCGCGGGCGGCACGGCAGGAGCGGGCGGCGCGGCGGCGGCGGCGGCGGCAGGCGCGGGCGCGGCAGGAGCGGGAGCGGGCGGCCCGGGCGGGCGCGGCGAGUAUGAGGAGCUGGGCGCUGUGGAGCAGCACGUGCGCUACGAGACCACGGGCCCGGCGCUGUGCACCGUGGUCUUCUUGCUCGUCUACUUCUUCGGCAUGGCCAGCUCCAUCUGGUGGGUGAUCCUGUCGCUCACGUGGUUCCUGGCGGCGGGCAUGAAAUGGGGCAACGAGGCCAUCGCCGGCUACUCGCAAUACUUCCACCUGGCCGCGUGGCUCGUGCCCAGCGUCAAGUCUAUCGCCGUGCUGGCGCUCAGCUCCGUGGACGGCGACCCGGUGGCUGGCAUCUGCUACGUGGGCAACCAGAGCCUCGACAACCUGCGCGGCUUCGUGCUGGCGCCGCUCGUCAUCUACCUCUUCAUUGGCACCAUGUUCCUACUGGCCGGCUUCGUGUCGCUCUUCCGUAUCCGCUCGGUUAUCAAGCAGCAGGGCGGCCCCACCAAGACGCACAAACUAGAGAAGCUCAUGAUCCGCCUAGGUCUCUUCACCGUGCUCUACACCGUGCCCGCCGCCGUCGUGGUCGCCUGCCUCUUUUAUGAGCAGCACAACCGCCCGCGCUGGGAGGCCACGCACAACUGCCCGUGCCUACGGGACCUGCAGCCAGACCAGGCUCGCCGGCCCGACUACGCUGUCUUCAUGCUCAAGUACUUCAUGUGCCUCGUGGUGGGCAUCACCUCGGGCGUGUGGGUCUGGUCUGGCAAGACGCUAGAGUCGUGGCGUGCCCUGUGCACCCGCUGCUGCUGGGCCAGCAAGGGCGCCACGGGGGGCGGGGGCGCGGGCGCCGCGGCCGCGGGGGGACCCGGAGGAGCCGGGGGUGGUGGGGGCGUGGGGUCCGGUGGGGGCGGGGGUCCGGGCGGUGGGGCGGGAUCCCUCUACAGCGACGUCAGCACCGGCCUGACGUGGCGAUCUGGCACUGCCAGCUCCGUGUCUUAUCCAAAGCAGAUGCCGUUGUCCCAGGUCUGAGUGGAGGGGAGGGGGCACCCGGAAGGAAUGGGGAGGGGGGCGAGGAAACCAAGUGCAGCGAAGGGACACUCGGUGGGCUGAGGUUCCCACCCCUUCACCGUGUUGAUUGCUAUUAGCAUGAUAAUGAACUCUUAAUGGUAUCCAUUAGCUGGGACUUGAAUGACUCGCUUAGAACAAAGUACCUGGCAUUGAAGGCUCCCAGACCCAGCCCCCUUUCCUCCAUUGAUAUGCGAGGAGCUCCUCCCGCCAGGCGUUAAUCUCUGUUGGCAGAGGAGGGUGGACUCUGCUGCGUUUCAGAACGCAAGGUUUGGAGCCCUCGCUGGUUGCCAUUUGCUGAGCUUGAAGCCAGAUCUACAGAUUUCACCUGAGGGACCUAUUUUUCUCCCUCGACUGUCCUACGUAAACUCUUACUCCUAACAUAUUGUAGAGGAGGAAUGACCGCGACCUAAUGGAAUUGCACGGUUUGGGUAUUCUUAAUGACCAGGCAAAUGCCUUAAAUAAACAAACAAGAAAUGUCUUAAUUAUACACCCCAAGUAAAUACGGGUUUCUUACAUUAGAGGAUGUAUUUAUAUAAUUAUUUGUUAAAUUGUAAAAAUGUGUAAAAUAUGUACAUAUCCAAAGAUAUACAGUCUGUACAUUUUUUGUAAAAAGUUUAGAGGCCACCCCUGUAAGAACAAAUAUAAGUAUUCUAUUUUGUCAAUAAAAAUGACUUUUGAUAAAUGAUUUAAGCAUCACCCUUUCCCCCUGCCUCUUCUAAGCUGUUACCUUUAAAGUGCUUGCUAAGGAUGCAUUGAAAAAAAUGGACUUUUCUGGUUUCUCAUUCUGUACACUGAUUUUAGGCAUGGAGAAAAUGACCUGUUAAGCUCUAGUUCUUAAGUUGUUAGCAAAGUAAAUAUCAUUGUUGAACUGAAAUCAAAAUUGAGUUUUUGCACCUUCCCAAAAGAUGGUGUUUUCAUGGUAUCCCUUUUCUCAUCCAUGGAUAAUAACACUCAUCUUAGUAUAUGUAAAUGGAACUUUUGCAAGGCAACAAUUGCACUCAGGCCUUGUUAAUUUAUCUUGUACAAUAUCACUAAAAGCUUCAAAACCCCACAUUUAUUUCUUGGUGUCCCUGAUUUUGAAAGCACCUGGGUUUUCAGGGACUGAACACACUGCUUAAGUGUAGAGGUUAAUGUUUUAAACCAUAGAUCACACUUUACAGUGUAAGUCACUUGACUAUCUAGUAGUGGAGCAGGCGCUCUUUAAUGGAUUAGACUAACGGGUUAACAUCUUAAUAACCUUCCAGGCUUGUGUAUAUCAAAUGUGCUGCUUUUCCUAGAGAAAAAGCUAUUGUUCCUCUGUCAAGACUAAGCUAAUUUAUUUGAGCAGAAGGCUGUUGAAUUAGCAGAAGAAUGCUUUGGCAAUUGUUGAACUUUUUACCUGUCUGCCCAGUGGCCCAGCACAUCAUUCCUUUAAGAGGAGCUAAAUGAAUAGGGUUAAUCUGUAGGGAACUUGGUCUUUUGAGUUUGAAAAACUUUGAUCUUUUCUCCUCUCCAAAUGUGCUGUAUAGUCUGAAGUUUCUUUCCCUGCUGCCCGGCUCCUCUUGGUGCAGACCAAUUGGCCACCGCGGAGCCUUAAAGUUCUUCCAUUAAAGGGAUGUGGGACUUUUACUUUAAAAAGGAGAGAGAGCGAGAGAGAGGAAGACUUGUAACAGUUAGUGAAGACCAGAGGCACAAGUGCGCUCAGCCUUUUAAACAGCUUUUCCCGGCAUUGUUAGCCAGCCUGCAGGCAGCUAGGCAUGGGUUGAAGCAUUAUAGAAAAGGGCUCUGAAUGCCCUACAGGUGGUCUGUGCACAUAAUCCCCCAAUUUAAAGCGUUUUCCUUUGCUGGACAAUUGCAUUACAAAACUCCCUUCUUUUUCGCCCCUAAUUGAACCAAUGAACUAUUAUAAACUACAAGUUUUUCUUAAAAAAAAAAAAAAAAAGAAAGAAAGAAAAAGAAAAAAAAAAUCCUCUCCCUAAAAUCUAUUGACUAAAUUCUGGCAAGUUUUCUGAACUGAACCUUUUAAAGCACCGGAAGUAAAAGCUUCUUCAGACAUUUCACUUUUUCAGAUAUUUUUAUUCCCCAUGCUUGUUAUUUUCUGACAGAUUAGCAAUAAUUUAAAAGUAAUUGGUAAGGUUGUGUGUUCAUUCUGAAAAGAUAGCCCCAGGUCCCUUAUUAACCUGUCAAUCAAGAUAAGAAAUGGGCAGCUACGCUGCUAAUGAUGGGGAGCAUCAAACAUUGCAUAGUGGGAGGGGACAUAUUCCCUGCAUCCUGCUAAAAAUGUUCUCUUUACUUUCCCUCAUAGGAAUAUUUAUUGGCUAAAAAAAAAAUUGUUUUUUAAUUAAUAGGUUGAAAGCGACUUCCUUGGCUAAUCUUCCUCAUGUGAGAGGCUUUUAAGAAGAGUUUCUUGGUAGAAACAUUUUGCAAAUCCUUUCCAGAGCCACUCUUGGUGUUAAUUGGAUUUUUAAAUUAGAUAUGCGGUAAGGACACCUACAUUAGCUAAUCAUGCUGUUUAUAUUUCUUAAAGUCAGAGGCAUUGUAAAAUCUUCACCUCCGAGAACUUUUAUUUAUUAAAGAAUUACUAUUUUAUGACGUAUGUACCAAUAGGUGGCCUGCAUCUACCCCAGGGGGUGACUGACACUCAUGUGCUGUAACAUACAUAAGCCAGCCAUAAACUACACUUUGAGUUAUAAAGUGUAAGUGGGAGAGCACCUCUCAUAUUCUUUACCACAUAUAUGGAAUAGGGAGAGAGCUAAAAGCCACUACUUAGCAUACUGGUUAUCUAAUGUAGCAGUAUUCUCAUUACGGAGACAUUUUCACUACCUGACAUGGUGGGAAAUGUCCAACUUUGAAGCUUUUUUCCUUCAUUAAUCUUUGAACAUAUCUUUGUAAAAUGCCAUAUUUGAUAGCUUUUACAAGAUGGCUAUAAAUGUGCUCAAUAUAAACAGGCUUAUUAAACAAGCAAAAAGUCCCUCUUAUUCUAGGGCAACUCUUAGUAAGAAGCCGUGCACCUGUAAUCACUAAAAACUGAUUUUAGAGGCUGAUACUAAAACACAAGGUUCUUUGCCUUUAAAACUAAAACUUGAGUUGAAAAUUUACUAAUACCAAAUGGUAGAUAUACACAAAAUUGAUUUGGGGGUUGGGAACAUGGAGGAAAAGUAUCAUUUUGGAAAUUUGCAUUAGACCAAUGAAUAAGUCCCUUGCCUGAAUACUCCCCUUUGUGAUAUACAGGUGUGUUCUUAAUUAGCUAUACGGAACAAGUGUUAUUUUUUUUUUUUAAUUUUGUCUAACGUGGAGGUAGCAGACUGGGGAGGGGUAUGGUUACUGUGUGGCUAGAAGAUCAAUAUGAAUAAAGUCUAAUAUGGUUAAAUCCA